UGGAUGCUGCUGGUAGUAUAGUAGUAGUAGUAGUAGUAGUAGUAGUAGUAGUAGUAGUAGUAGUAGUAGUAUUAGUAGUAGGUAGUAGCUCUUGGUAAGAGCACAUCGUACCACCUCCCAUUUCGUUCUCUCGUCGUGGCUGGCACACGGCUCUUUAGCUAUACUUUCGUACGGCAAGCCGUCGUCCUCGUCGUUCAGUCGGUCGGCCGCUACACGACGCUCGAUCAGCCGAUCAGCUGUUCUCCUUUUACGCACCGGUUCGCCACCAUCCGGACCGCGGCACCGAAUCUCUGACACUUCCCUCGCGGUAGCGUAGCCUUCCGACUCUUUGCCCACUUUGAUCACCGAUUAACCCGUGCCACGUAACGACGCGUAAAGGUGCAAGGAUACGAAGGUGGUCGAAUAUACGCGAUCCUCGAAGUUGAUGCGCGAACGACACCCGAGAGUCGACUAUGUUCGAGCUCGCACGUGGAGCGAACGAGAGGACGCGUGCGACGGCCAAUACAUCUUUGAAGCCUGUUGUUUCUGACACCAUGAUCUCUGCUUGGUAGAUUCGCGAAAGUGGCACAAGUUUCGCAGAAAUGUCGAUGUUCAACGCUGAUUACCGUUUGGUUAAACUUUGUUUGAUCCCGUUUCUGGAUCUCUGAUUUGCUCUUUUCAACUUGAAUUGAAACGUCUCUCGAGUGACGAGGUAAACGCAAUUGUAAUUUAUUACUCGAUACAGUUGUCGAUACAGCGAGAAACUUGUACAGUUCUCGUUCACCGUUGAUCGAAGAAGACCACCAGUGUGAUUCGUCGAAGUGAUAUCGAAGUGCACGCGAGUUUGAGCAAACGAGGAUCGUCGCGAAGUGGUGUCACGAGUGAGAACGGAUCGUGGUUGUGCGAUGUGCGGGAGAAAAUAGUGUUGGAAAGUGGUUAUCGCGAACGAUCGCGUGACUGUCACGAAUCUGGCACCGGAACCCGGCAAACUGGAGAUCCUAGGGAUGUUCCCGCCGCGAACGGAAGCGCCUACAGCCGACAAGCUGGCGCUCUGUUACGCGCCCCACGUUGACAUGACCACGGUGAUCGAGGUCGAGGACCGACUGACUGGUCACGGGGGCAUUUCCUCGCUGGGCGGUGGAAAUUCCUCGCCGUAUUCCGGCGCCCAUCACCACGGUCACAGAGGCAAUGGAAACGGGAGCGGGAUGCCCCAUCACGGGGGCGCAUCGUUGCCCACUGCCUCCGAUUUUCAACCACCGUACUUCCCGCCCCCGUUCCCCUCGCAUCAUCACGCGCCGGCGAGUCCUCAACAUCCGGGCCUUGGCCAGCCGCAACAUCUCGAUUACCUCGUCGGCGAUCCGUACACGCAAACGCUCAACACGUUGCAUCAACAUCACUACAAUCACUUGAGCGUCGCUGUAACGACCGGUCAGAGGAGCGGCGAUCUCAGGAGGGACGCGGAGAGCAUCCACGUGUCGAACAUGCACGCGUCGUUUCCAUACGACGGUGGUCGCAGUAGUGGCGGAGGCGGUGGCGGCGGAGGUGGCGGUGGCGGUGGCGGCGGCGGUGGAAGAAGCGUCGAAUAUGGCGCUGUCCGCCGUCCUGACGCCCUUCUGCCACCCCCAGGCCUCGACCAAACCGACCUCGUUCUCCACAGCAGCCUCGUAGACGACCCCCAGGUGAGCGACGAUAACACAAACGUAGACGAUGGAGGAUUCAUGAACGACCUGCCUCUCCUAAAAAACAUGAAACCAUCGGACAGGAGCGAGAAGGCGAUGCUGACUGGGAACGCGCAGCCUUCGGACGUGUUCUGUUCGGUUCCAGGACGAUUAUCGUUACUAAGCAGCACCAGCAAGUACAAAGUUACGGUAGCCGAGGUACAAAGACGACUAUCGCCACCGGAAUGCUUAAACGCGAGCCUCCUCGGCGGAGUCUUACGGAGAGCGAAGUCCAAAAACGGCGGACGUCUGCUUAGAGAAAAGUUGGAAAAAAUUGGACUAAACUUGCCAGCAGGAAGAAGGAAGGCCGCCAAUGUCACGCUCUUGACAUCCUUAGUGGAAGGAGAAGCCAUUCACCUUGCCAGAGACUUCGGCUAUGUCUGCGAAACCGAAUUCCCUGCGAAACAAGUUGCCGAAUACCUCAGUCGGCAGCAUUGUGAACCGCAAGAUUCCUACAGGAGAAAAGAACUUCUUCAUGCCACCAAACAAAUCACCAAAGAGCUGAUGGAUCUUUUGAAUCAAGACAGAUCGCCGUUGUGCAACACACGGCCGCAGCAUAUCCUCGAUCCAAGCAUACAGAGACACCUAACGCAUUUCUCUCUCAUAUCACACGGAUUCGGAAGUCCCGCAAUCGUAGCCGCUCUAACGGCAAUACAGAAGUUCCUAAGCGAGUCCCUGAAUCAUCUUGAGAAGAUGUACCCAGGCAACGGGAGCGGUGUGACAAGUAGUCAGCAGUCGAGCCUCGACACGAAUAAAAGCAAGGACGGCACGUUGAUGAACGACAUGAAGAAGUGACGCCCAGAGGACCCGCCUACCUCGAACGUGGUCACUUCAAUCAGGCACUCCUGGCCGUACAACUGAGCUUUCGCGAGCUUCCCUGACCGCGAACAGCUUCUGGUGGACCACUGAAACGACACGUAUGUCCGCGCAGCUACGAGCUCCAUUGUAUAAUCAAAAAGAACUAACGGAAAGAAAAGAAGAGAAACGGAAAGAGUACGAACGAAUGGAAUGAGAGGCCUGCUCGAAGAAACAUUGGCCCGACGUCCGUGCGGAUAUCCGUGUUCGCCGAGGUUGGCUGGUCGAAAGUGUUCUAGAUCAAAUUGAAUGACGAGAUGUCACGAGAAAUGUGCAAUCGUGGACCAUCGGACACGAUGGUUCGUCGAAUGAAAUCUGGUCGUGUCGAAGCGACUAGCGAUGGUGGGAUAUAAACGAGACGCUACACUUCAUUUUCCCUUUGGUUUGACGGAAAGGUCAGAGAGUCGUGGGUACUUGUGUAUCGUUCCGAAGAAAUCUCGAGGAUCAAACGAUUCGCGGAUCGUGCGUCACAACGAGAAUCUACUCGAGCAAAAGAUAGGAAUAACUACCGUUUGUUCUUUCACUGCCUGUUCGGUUUUGAAACGUGUAGGAUGUGUCGAAGAACGAGAACGAAGAAACGUAUCGAUCGAUUCGACGGGGAUCUGUAAUCGUGAAUAUAGAAUUGAAGAAACUUUCAUUACGUCUUCCUUCGUUUAUUUUAAUUAAAUAAAAGACUCUCUCUCUCUCUCUCUCUCUCUCUUUCUCGCGUGCGAUCAUUUGCGAAACGAUUCGAUACUUACGCGUGUUAUGAUUAUUUGUGAUAGCCUUAGUGAUAGUCCAAACGUUUGUGCAAUCAUUACGAUUUAAUCAUCUACGAUGAUCUUUACAAAAUUCGCAUUUUAUUGAUAAAUUGCAGUUUAACGAAACGAUUAAAAAUUGUUUCAAACCAAAUGAGAUAUAACGUGGAACGUGUACGAUUCAAUCGUACAAACAAAAAUGCACGAAAAUUACACACAGAUUUGGAUUUGAAUGUCUAAGCCUGCGGUCGGCUGUUACAACUCGCGAAUCGAUCGAUAAUCGAGAGCACACACGCACGCAUACACAGAGUUACGAUGAAACGAAGAAGCGCGAUACUUCUCAAUCUUUCUAUUUCUCGCCGUAUAAUUUUUGGGUCGACUAUUUAUAUUGCUCAAGCAUCGCUAUAUUCUUUGCUCAUUACCGAGUGUCCGACAUACGCGCAGUAUCGAUUAUAACGCUGUUACGUAAGCAUUAAUAUUGUCAGUGUAGUGGUAUAUCACUCUCUAACCGUGUGCAACUUUUUAAUUUAGCAUUUGCGAUUGUGAACCCGCCUGCGAACAUUUUACUGACCAUCUUCAUAUCGACUGGCUGAGUCUCCGUAUGCAAAACUACUGUAUAUUCGCGAUAUGAUUGCAAUUGUUAAAGUUACAAAUUUCCUCUUAUAAACGUAUAUUUUAAGUUUUUUAAUGGUUCGAGUUCGUUUCAUCGCAAAAGAAAAAAAAAAAACGAUUGAUUUAUCAUACAAUAUAUUGUAUGACAUAAUAUACAUUUGAACUGAGAAACUAAAACUAUAGACUCAGUCGCGAAAUUUUGUUUCACAUUUUUCUGCCGUUAGAAUUUCAACAAUUUUCGUAAAACGUAUAAUCUUGAUCGUCUCGUACGAUGUUAGACAAAGCUGGACAAAGGGAGAAGGUGAGAAUUCACGCGGUGAGAACGUGUAACAGCCGUCCGAGGCUAGAAAAGUAUUAACUUAGAAUCGUUAUCCAUCGCGUUUAUUUGAGUCAAACCGAGCGCGGUUUAUUUAAAAAAAAUACGGACACUGGGGGCUGAACGAGAUCCGUUCGCCGCCAGUCGUUUAUUUAUCACCGGUGAUCGCCGAAUUAGUUAUUCACGAUGACAACUCAGUUUUUCGAACGAUUUCCUGGUAGUCAAUCAGAGAGUUACGAUACGAGGUAGUUUUGUAUUUAACACGAGUCAGUUUUAUCUAUUUCACGCUCGAACUUUUUAAUCGACGAUCCAUUCCGAUUCCAUAUCCACGCGACAAAUGAUUUUCUUCUCGACUAGCUAGUUGAAGCUGUGUACCGUGCGAACUUCGCUCCCCCCCGGGUAUUUCUAUUAGCAAUUCGAUCAGCUACACAUGAUUUCACUCGAGAAACUUUUUAUGAUCUCUCAAGCACACGACGAUCGCUACUUAACGUUGCAAUUCUCGGACGAUGUUUCGAUGCUUCGUCAUUGCGCUCGAUCGAUCCACUUCGCGUACUUGCCAACGUAAUAACACGUAACAUUCAUAGAUUUCGUAGCGUAAAUUCAGUAUAAUUGUCACGAUGUGACGGGCAGAUCGAAUGUACGUACCUUGGAAAAAACUUUCAAACAACGUCGAACGAUAUGUUCAUUCGACAAUAUACGUUUCAAUCGACUGUUUGUUUCGAACUUGCACGUAUGUAUAUGUAUCGAGGAUCGACGCUACGGCGAGUUUAACGAUUUUUACUAACGAGUACACGGCAAUCAUCGGCAAUUCAGCUACGUAUUUUUGUGCUCCUUGUUAUAACUUUGCCAAUUUCGUUUACGAAAACGCGGACAAGGUUCGCGCGUGCACGAUCGUCGGUGUCGACAAAUUCAGGAAAAGAAGAGAAAAAGAUGGAGAACAGAAAGUCUAAGGAUCAUUUUCAUCGUGCCAAUGCGAAAGUUGCCAUUUGAAAUGUGCCAAUUAAGGAUAUCGAGAUUUAGAAAUAUAAGAACCAGCGACUUCUAGAAGCGAUUCACCGAGGAUAGCCAAGAUCGAACGAACGCUGACAGAUCUCCGUUCGGAGUUCUUCGGGAAACGCGUUCGCGAACUCUUCGUUUCGCAGGAUUUACGAACGAGGAGGAUCAGACAAGAGGGAAACGAUCGUUGGGUAUCACGGUGUCGAAAGCAUCGGAGAUGUUUCGUGCAAGGAGAUCGGGCGAGCAAACGCAGAAGUAGAAGCACGAGAAAUUGCGUUGAAGUACAAUACCAGGUGAACCUGAGACAUAUCUAACUUUGUAAUUAAAUCUUAGGCGUAUGUAAAUGUAAGAUUAAGAAACCUGAUCGAACGUCUCGCGUUCCGGGAUAUUAUGUACAGAGUAUUUGAAUCUUUCUUGUGAUAUAAUCGUAAUAUUACUAAGAUAUAAACCGAUAACAAGGCAAGAACGAAAAGGAGGAAGAAAAAAAAAAAGGAACACGUAAAAUUACUAUUAUCAUUCCAUGUUUUUUCAUAGAAGCGAAGUAACUAGCGUGAACGUGGAGGGCGUCGAACACCGCUCCGGGUUUUUUCGUUUAUAGAAGAGACGAUCUUCGAGAUUUGUCUCGAGGAAGCUCGCACCGGCACCGAACAGUAGACAUCGGAUUUUUAUUGCGUCGACGAAUUUCAUUUUAAACGACAAAUGGUAACAUUCUCCCCUUACGACGUUGCGUAUGCUUUAAUCGCAGUUUUCUUCAGUCCAGAAAUCAGAGAAAAAGUGGCAAAGGAACAAACAAAAAAUUGGGGAACGUCUUCCCUCGAGUUUCGAGACCAACGUCGUGAAUUUAGUUAGGACAAUGGAAACGAAAAA